UUUAAAGUCAGUCCCUUACUUUUGCUCUAUUUCUCUCUCUUCUCUUUUGCUCAUUUCCCAUUUUCGUAAAACCCUCACAAAACUUUCCAGAUUCAAAGUAGUACACUGUUUUUCACAAAUUUUUUAGGGUUUCUUUUUUUCCCUGUAAAAAAAAAGAGAGAAAAAUCCAGAGUUUUAAAACACAUUAAAAUCUCCCCAAUCUGAUUACGGAUAGAAUACACCGAUUUGUUCAUAAAGGGUUUACAAGAAUGUCUGUAGCUGCAGAGUUUAAAUCACCAACUGAACAAGAUUCAGAAACUAGACCUGUUCUUGGACCGGCUGGAAAUCGAGUUAGGGUUUCAGAAAUUUUAGAGGUUAAAAGAAAGAGUGAAAUUAUGAAGAAACCUAUACAAACAAGAAGGUUAUUGGUUCCAAAAUUACCAGAUUCAGUUGUUAGAGCUAAUGCUUCUGUAGAUAGUUCGUGUUCUUCAGAUUCUUCUUCUAGUGUUUCUUCUACGAAAAAGACAUUGAGGAAGACUAGAACAAUGGAUCAGCAACAAAAAGUCAUGUUGAAACCUGUUAAAAUUGUUCCUGAGAAAGUUGAAGUUAUUCGACGACCACGGUCAGUAUCUAGGUCUCCUUCUCCGUCUCCUUCACCAGUAAAUUUGAUGAAGAGGUGUGAUUGGAUUACAGCAAACUCUGAUCCACUCUAUGCUUCCUUCCACGAUGAAGAAUGGGGAGUUCCAGCUCAUGAUGAUAGGAAGCUAUUUGAGCUGCUUGUGUUUGCGAUAGCACUGGCUGAACACAAUUGGCCGACAAUUCUCAGCAAGAGAGACGCUUUCAGGAAGCUUUUCGAUAACUUUGACAUAGCGUCUGUCGCCAAAUUCUCCGAAAAGAAGAUACUGGCUAUGAAAACAGCUGGCAAAAAUGUGCUAUCAGAGCCAAAGCUUCGAGCAGUCGUGGACAACGCCAAGCAGAUACUCAAGGUACAAGAGGAAUGUGGUUCCUUUGACAAUUAUUGCUGGAGUUUUGUGAAUCAUCAAACACUCAAAAACGGGUUCCGCUACGUUCGUCAAGUACCUGUCAAGACCCCAAAGGCUGAUGUCAUUAGCAAGGACUUAAUGAGGAGAGGCUUCCGCUGUGUUGGUCCCACAGUUGUGUAUUCCUUCAUGCAAGUAGCAGGUAUUGUUAAUGAUCAUCUCAUAUCCUGCUUUAGAUACCAAGAAUGCAAUUCAAACAUCCAAAAGGCUUCAGCAGACGUAGUUGAGGAAACAGAAGUACUUGCUAAAACCUUGGAUAAAAUGUGCUUAUCUCCUGUCUAAUAUGUAGAUUUUUGUUAUUUUCCGCCAUCUUUUGUCCAUGGAAAACCAUACAGGCCCCUGUGAUGAUGAACACAAAAUGUAAAAGAUGUAUGAAGUAGAUCAGAAAACCAGUAUAGUGUUCGCUUGGUCUGUAUGGUUUCAUGCUUUUCAUAUCUCCUGUGUAUCUUUGACCCGUAGUGUUUAUUUCAUUCGAGCUCGUGAUUCCUUGUGGAUUUCGCCAGUGUUCUUGUAUCUAAAUAAACACAUUUCAGUCCUUUCUUGAA